UAUGUGUGUGUGCGUGUGUGAAUAUGAGGGCAUGUCUACUGUGUGAACGCAUGAGGCCAAACACUAAAGAGCUGCUGCCCUCGCGCUGCCCUCGCACACAUCACGCGGGUUUUUACCGGGGAAACACUCACGCAUUGAACCGGCAGGAUCGCGCGGUGUCGCGGCUCUGGUGAUUAAAUUCCUCGCGCAGAGAUCAGCGGCACUGAAGCACCGCAGAGGAACAGAGAGUCACUGACAGGCGCUCGGCGGGGCGGAAUGGACUACAGUUAUGAUACGGACCUGGAAGAGUUGUGUCCGGUGUGUGGGGAUAAAGUUUCUGGCUAUCAUUAUGGUUUAUUAACCUGCGAGAGCUGCAAGGGUUUUUUUAAGAGGACCGUCCAGAAUAACAAACGGUACACGUGUGCGGAGAGUCAGGACUGUAAGAUCGAUAAAACCCAGAGGAAACGGUGUCCGUUCUGCCGCUUCCAGAAAUGUCUGAACGUCGGGAUGCGGCUGGAAGCUGUCCGUGCUGAUAGGAUGCGAGGAGGGCGCAAUAAAUUUGGCCCCAUGUACAAACGAGACCGGGCGUUAAAGCAGCAGAAGAAAGCUCUCAUCCGGGCGAGCGGCUUAAAGAUGGAAGUCACGCCCCCUUUGAUGUCAUCCCCUCAGUCUGACUACAGCUUCAGCACCGCUCUAUCCACCCCUGCUCCAAAAAACACCCACCCAAACAUCGUCACCUCGGUGGCCCCUACAGAUUACGAACGGAACCUCUAUGCAUCCAGUUCCCUGACCUUAUCCGUCCCCAUCCCGGCCCACGCCCCUCUGCCAGCACAGUACCCGGCGUAUCCCACCCUGUCCAGCCGCGCCAUCAAAUCCGAGUACCCCGACCACUACACAAGCUCAGAGCACUACACCAGUGCCAGCUCCCCAGAAUCUGUUCCAGGCUACACGUACGUCGACCAGACGCGAGUGUCGACCAGCCCACCGCUUGCCCUGCCGGGCUUAACGGUACCGCCGCUGGUUCUGGAGUUUGUUCGCUGUGAGCAAGAUGAGCUGCAGGUGCAAAGCAAGAUAAGCGCUCACCUGGCCCACCUGCAGCAGGAACAGAACUCUCGGAGCGCGGCAGCCAAUCAGGAACAGAACACACGUCUCGCUGCCAAACAGGAACGGCUCAGCACCUUCGGCCUGAUGUGCCACAUGGCCGAUCAGACGCUCUUCUCUAUUGUGGAGUGGGCUCGGAGCUGCAUCUUCUUUAAAGAGCUCAAGGUGGGAGAUCAGAUGAAGUUGCUGCAUAACUGCUGGAGUGAGCUGCUUGUGCUGGAUUACAUCGCCAGACAGUUGCAUCAUGGGAAAGAGGACAGUGUGCUUCUCAUUACUGGACAGGAGGUUGAGCUUGCGUCUUUACUGGCCCAGGCAGGGGUCACUCUGAGCGGGAUGAUACAGAGAGGUCAGGAGCUGGUGCACCGUCUACAGGAGCUUCAGCUGGACCGCAGAGAAACCGCCUGUCUCAAAUACCUCAUCCUCUUCAACCCUGAUGUGAAGCUGUUGGAAAACCAGCCUUAUGUGGAGAGCGUGUACGAGCAGGUGAAUGCUGCGUUGUUGGAGUACACACUGUGUGCGUAUCCACAAUUCCCAGACAGGUUUAGCCAGAUUCUGCUGCGCUUUCCUGAGCUCAGAGCGCUGAGCACACAAGCCGAAGACUACCUGUGCUACAAACACCUGAGCGGAGAGGUGCCGUGCAACAACCUCCUCAUAGAAAUGCUGCAUGCCAAGAGAACCUGCAUCUGACACACACACACACACACAUUCACAGGCCCGAUUCCUUCGCAGAUGACACUGUUAUUGACUAGAUGUUUUGCAGCAGUCGUCUUUCGCACACAGAAAACCUCAUCAACCAUGCCACUGUGUUUCUGAAAGGAAAGAGGGGAGAUGUCAGUGUUAUUGACUGUAUUUAUGAUACAGGGUGCUGCGGUGAUGAUGUAUUUUUGUAGGCCAAACAAGAAGUCAGCAUCACCCUGCUUCCUUUGACAAAAACCCAAUACAAUUUUUCCAUUGGUUCUUGCAGAAAAUAGGCUCUGUGAUUCUUACACAGAACUGUAUGAAGCCUAAAUACAAUCACAAGAAGUAAAAAGCUAAAUGUAGUGUAUACACAAGCUACAGCACGGUCACAUGACUUCAGCUCUUUGAGUCCUUAUUUUAAAAACAUUUUCCUUGAAAGUUUGAAUAGUUUGCAAGAGUGCAAUUACAAACACAGUGAGGCUGUGAAAGCGGCUCGUGAGUAGAUGAGUUAACUUGUUUGACCUUAAAUGUCCUCAACAAUGUCCCAAUUAGGCAAUAGUUAGCCAGCGCCUUUUUCAAUCAAAAGGGUAUUUUAUGUGAUGUAUGUAGAAUAAAACAUGAAAAUAUAUUGAGCUUGUGUUCAUUACAGCCUUUAUUUCAGGCAUUUAUCCAAAAACCCAUUGACUUCAGAAUGAUGGAACCGAAAAUGCUACGUAAAGUGUUUGUUUCCAGGAUUUGGCCUACUAAAAUACGUCAUCCCUUCAACACUCUAUUUAAAAAAGCAACAGAUUGUGCCUUCCCUCUCAACGAACACACACACACACACACACACACACAUACCAAGAAGCACUUAUUCUUUUUUUUUUAAAAAUCAGUAAUCAAAAGAUAAGAUGAGGCACAGUCACAGCCAAGAACCGCCCACUUAGACAGGAAGCGGCAACAUGUCUGUCAUGACAAAUGAGGUAUUUCAAUAAAUACAAAACUAAAGCACAAAUGAAACGAUAAGCUGAAAUCUAAUGAUUUCCUCAAGAGAGGCCAGUAAAAGAGCUAAACAACCUUCAUUAACAUUCCCUUUUUAAGAUGGAAAGCGAGAGGGAGAAAGAAAGAGGGAAGGCCUCAUUCAACACAAAGCACACCCAUAAUAGCUCUGCCAUAAAACCUAGUGAGCUACAUAGACAGCAUCAUAUACGCUACUUAUGAAAUGUAAUCUCAAGGCAGCACACUAGGUUUUUGAACAGAGCUCUUUAUGCCUGUAUUUAUCAGACACCGCACACUUAAACACCGGAAGAGUGUACGUUUAAAAAGAGCUGAGUGCGUGUGCAUAUGCUGAGGAAAGGGAGGUAAAUUAGGACCUGCAAUUCUGCCUUAACACUAACACUGUUGAUCCUGUGAAGCUGAGAGAAUCAAUGGGCAUAAAUAACCAUUCAGAUGUGUUUGUGUCUCUAUGCGUACUAAUGUGUGAGUGUGUAAGAGAGUGUUUGUGUGACUGUUAUGAAAUGUCAUCUCAAUAUUAAGCCCCUCUCAAGCUUAGGCCUAGCUGAUUAUGAUAUCUCAGCAUGUUUCAUUUUUGUAUAGUGGAGUGUCUGAUUGGUCAAGUUCUCUUUCAUGUAACAUGUUUGUGUUAAUGACAUUUGUUAUGAAUGUGCUUAACUGUAUUGUUUCAAAUGAAUAAAUACAAAUUAUUUAAA